AUGAGGCUGAGAUCUUUCACCGGAUCAACCAGACGCUUGAAUGACACGUCGACAGAUGCUCCCGUAUCAAGCGAAGAUGAUAUAGAAGGCAACUAUUCAAGUGGGGAGCUGGACGAGGAUGAUGCCUCGCUGCUCGAUCCCAGCGAGGUCGAUCAAUUAGAGAGCGGCGGAAAUAGCCCGUUAAAGACUCGAAAUUCCGACGAAGAUGAUAGCAGUCCUGACUUUCCAGAUAGUGAAGAUGAAGAUUCAAACGGAAAAGACAGCGAUGGGGAUAAGUUUGUAAAGUUCAUCCCGCGUCAAAAGCGGCGGUUUUUCGUGGAAGAAAGUCCCGAGUUGGACGCCAAAAAAGCACACAAAGCAAUGAGAGACGAUUUUGUAUCUGAGGAGGACAAGCAUAAAAAGGCCGUUCAAAGGAAAGUAGCCAAGGAGCGAAAAAUGGAAGAAGCAAGAAAAACAGCACUAAGCAAGCUAUUGACAAAAAAGCAGCGGCCUGCAGAGUCUUCGUCCACCGAGAAAAGCUCAAAGGCAAAAGCCACCACAGUCACUGGACCAGUUCCAGAGGGCGUAGUGAGAUUCUACGAUACAGCGACGAAAACCCUUGUUAUUUGUCCAUCUCUUUAG